AUGGAGCCCCCGCCGCUCUCCUCGUUGCAGGAGGAGGGGGAGGAGGAGCCCACCGUCGAGGACUCGUCCGCCUUCUCCGCCGCCGCCGUGCCGCCACGCCCCGCCACGCACAGCCACUCGCUCCAAAAGUACGCGCCGCUGGACUGGUCCGCCUACUUCGACGAGGAGCGCCGCGUAGCCAUCCCCGACACCGACGACGUUUUCAACCCCAACUUGCUUGGGACUGAAAGGCUAUGUUGUUGUUGUUUCAAUGUGUACACGGCCGGAUCGGAGGGGCCCGUCGUGUUCUGCCUGCACGGAGGCGGCUACUCAGGGCUUUCAUUUGCUCUAGCAGCAAGUCGAAUGAAGGACAAGGCUCGUGUUGUUGCCAUGGAUCUACGGGGGCAUGGGAAAUCAACAACGAAUGAUGAUCUGGAUUUGUCCAUCGAAACUCUUACCAAUGAUGUCAUAGCUGUUAUACGUACAAUGUAUGGAGAUUUGCCACCAGCAAUUAUACUCGUUGGGCAUAGCAUGGGUGGUUCAGUGGCUGUACAUGUGGCUGCAAGAAAAGAAAUUCGAAAUCUUCAUGGGCUUGUUGUCGUUGAUGUUGUUGAGGGAACAGCAAUGGCUUCACUGGUUCAUAUGCAGAAGAUCUUAGCAAAUCGGGCACAGCAUUUUCCUAGCAUUGAAAAAGCAAUUGAGUGGAGUGUCAAAGGUGGGCCAUUAAGGAAUAUUGAGUCUGCUCGUGUGUCCAUUCCAUCUACCUUGAAAUACGAUGAAUCACGAGAAUGCUAUACAUAUCGCACUCCUCUUGAGCAAACAGAAAAGUACUGGAAAGGAUGGUAUGAAGGUCUUUCAGACAAGUUCCUAUCUUGCCCAGUGCAAAAGAUCCUGUUGUUAGCUGGUACCGACAGACUAGACAGAGCUUUAACAAUUGGUCAAAUGCAAGGAAAGUUUCAAAUGGUGGUGGUUCGGCACACUGGACAUGCCAUACAGGAAGAUGUACCUGAAGAAUUCGCAUCGCACAUACUGAAUUUCAUAUCCCGCAACAGAAUAGGGCCGAACGGUGUCGAGAUACCUGGGCUAAUUAAAAAAUGGCAGCACUAG